AUGAAUUAUAGAUUCCAGAAUUUGCUUGGAGCUCCGUACAGAGGAGGCAAUGCUGUUAUAACACAAAACACCCAACUCAUCUCACCAGUAGGUAACCGUGUUUCAAUCACUGACCUAAUUAAAUCCCAAACCAUAACCCUACCUCUCCAAUCCUCCUCUAAUAUUCGCCGAAUUGCUGCCUCUCCUGACGGCACUUUUCUCAUUACAAUUGAUGAGAACAACCGCUGUCAAUUCAUCAAUAUUCCUCGCCGUGUGGUUCUUCACCGUAUAAGUUUUAAAAAACCUGUAAGUUCUGUCAGGUUUAGCCCUAAUGGCAAGUUGAUUGCAGUUGCCACCGGUAAAUUAGUGCAAAUUUGGCGAUCACCUGGUUUCAAGAAGGAGUUUUUUGCCUUUGAGUUGGUUAGGACUCUUGCGGAUUGUGAAGAUACUGUAACGGCUAUCGAUUGGAGCUUAGAUAGUAAGUAUUUGCUUGUUGGCUCUAAAGAUUUGACUGCUAGACAUUUUUGUGUUGAGAGAUUGAAUAACGGGCUUUUGAAUAAGCCUUUUUUGUUCUUAGGACAUAGAGAUGCUGUUGUUGGUUGUUUCUUCGGUUAUGAUAAGAAAAUUAGUGAUAAAAUUAUCAGGGCUUAUACAAUUGCUCGUGAUGGGUAUGUUUUUAGUUGGAGUUAUAAGGAUAAUAAUGGUAAAUUUGAUAAGGAAGAUGAUGGGGAAGAUUUGGAGCCCUUGUCGCCGGGGACACAGGAGAAGGAUGGGGAAGGGAAUGUGGAUGGUGGAAGUGAGAGAAAUGUGAAGAAAAGGAAGGGUUUUGAUGGGAAUGACGGUGAACAAGAGGGAGAGGGUUUUUUGCAUAAAGGGAAAUGGGGACUGGUAAGGAAAGAUGGGUUUAUGCAAUCACCCGCAAAAGUAACUGCUUGUGAUUACCAUAGGUUGCUUGAUAUGGUGGUUGUAGGGUUUUCUAAUGGUGUUUUUGGGUUAUAUCAAAUGCCAGAUUUUGUUUGCAUUCAUUUGUUGUCGAUUUCGAGGGAAAAGAUUACUACUGCAGUUUUUAAUGAGACUGGAAAUUGGUUAACCUUUGGUUGUGCAAAGUUAGGGCAACUUCUUGUGUGGGAAUGGCGAUCAGAGAGUUAUAUAUUGAAGCAGCAAGGGCAUUAUUUUGAUGUGAAUUGCUUAGCUUAUUCACCAGAUUCACAAUUAUUGGCUACUGGGGCAGAUGAUAACAAAGUGAAGGUUUGGACUGCUUCAUCUGGCUUUUGCUUUCUAACUUUCUCAGAGCACACUAAUGCAGUUACUGCUCUCCAUUUUAUAGCUAAUAACCAUUCUCUGUUAAGUGCUUCUUUGGAUGGCACAGUUCGUGCAUGGGAUCUAUUCCGAUAUCGGAAUUUUAGGACUUUUACUACCCCUUCUUCAAGGCAGUUUGUUUCUUUGGCGGCAGACCAAAGUGGUGAAGUGAUUUGUGCAGGAACUUUAGAUUCUUUUGAGAUAUUUGUUUGGUCAAUGAAGACGGGCCGUUUGUUGGAUGUCCUAAGUGGUCAUGAAGGUCCUGUGCAUGGAUUGACUUUUUCUCCUACAAAUGCACUAUUAGCUUCAUCAUCAUGGGACAAAACAGUUCGUUUAUGGGAUGUUUUUGAAGGAAAAGGUGCGGUUGAGCCUUUUAUCCACACUCAUGAUGUUCUUACUGUGGUUUAUCGCCCAGAUGGAAAGCAAUUGGCUUGCAGCACAUUAGAUGGGCAGAUUCAUUUCUGGGACCCCGUAGAUGGGUUGUUAAUGUACACCAUUGAGGGCCGUAGAGAUAUUGCUGGUGGCCGUCUCAUGACUGAUCGUAGAUCAGCAGCUAACUCAACUACGGGGAAGUACUUCACAACCUUGUGUUAUUCUGCUGAUGGGAGUUGCAUAUUGGCUGGUGGGAGCAGCAAAUACAUCUGUAUGUAUGACGUUGCUGAUCAGGUUCUUCUGCGCCGUUUUCAAAUAACACAAAAUCUCUCUUUGGAUGGAGUGCUUGACUUUUUGAACUCAAAGAAAAUGACAGAUGCUGGUCCACUUGAUUUAAUUGAUGAUGAUGACUCUGAUACAGAAGAAGGAAUUGAUAAACAAGUGCGUGCAAAAUUGGGUUAUGAUUUACCAGGGUCUAUGCCUAAUCGUGGAAGGCCUAUCAUUCGAACAAAAUGCUUGAGAAUUGCACCCACUGGGCGAAGCUUUGCUGCCGCAACAACAGAAGGGGUCCUAGUUUAUUCAGUUGACGAAUCCUUAAUCUUUGAUCCCACUGAUCUUGACAUUGAUGUUACACCAGAGGCAGUUGAUGAAGCACUAAAUGAGGAUCAAUCGUAUAGAGCUUUGAUUCUCAGCCUUCGCCUGAAUGAGGAUUCUCUAAUCAAAAAGUGUAUUUUUUCAGUCAAUCCAUUAGAAAUAUCUGCUAUUGCCUCCUUGAUCCCUUAUAGAUAUCUUCAGCGGUUAAUAGAGGCACUUGCUGAUCUAUUGGAAAGCUGUCCACACUUGGAGUUUAUACUCCGAUGGUGUCAGGAGCUGUGCAAAGCUCAUGGCAACUCUAUUCAGCAGAAUUCCAGAAAUCUUCUUCCUUCUUUAAAAUCUUUGCAGAAGGCAAUUACUAGAAUACAUCAGGAUUUGGCAGAUACAUGUUCUUCGAAUGAAUAUAUGCUACGAUAUUUAUGCACAGCCAGCAGCAACAAAUGAUGGACACUACAUAAUUAAAUUAAGAGUAAUUUUCACAUCCAGCUUAGCCGAGCAUUGGCAAGUGAAUGGCACGUAUUUCACCAUUGUAUGAGAAGUGGAAGGCACUUGCUUGCACUGUUCUGAGAUGCUCCAAUGCAGUAGUAUAUUAUUGCCCUUGGAUCAAGUAAUUCUGGUCAUAGGAAGCAAAUGCAGCAUUGAUCUUGUAACAUGCUGAUCCUGAUGGAUCCGUAAUAUGCAAUUAAAAGCAAUUUUGUUACUGGGAACGUUACUGUCAGGCUGAUGGAUAAGCAUUGCUGUAUAACACACAAGUUGGUGGAAAUCUUGGUUUUCUUUUCUUCUUGUCCUUGUGCUUAUUUCUAUGAAUAGAAGAAUCCUUCAUUUUUUA